CUUUGGAAAUAGGGUGAAUUGCGUAUGGCAGCAGGAAUCCACCAGGUUUGGGAGCGCUGAGGCAGAGAGACGCAUGUACAGAAAUAAAAGGCUGGGAAUAGCUAAAAUUGACAUCCAAGUUGGCGCUGGUGCCCGAUUCUUGGUGAAACCAUCCCUCGGCUCCUGGAGGGAGACUGCUAAAUCAUGAAAUUACUUGCCUUGCUUUUUGUCUGCUCCAGGCUGCUACCAAGUUUAACCCAGGAGGACUCACAAGAAAUCGACUGUGAUGACGAGGACUUAUUUAAGGCGGUGGAUGCUGCGCUGAAGAAAUAUAAUAGCAGAAACCAAAGCGGCAACCAGUUUGUGUUGUACCGUGUAACUGAGGUCGUCAGGACGGAUGACCCUGACACAUUUUAUUCCUUCAAGUACCAAAUCAGGGAAGGAAAUUGUUCUGUUCAAAGUGGCAAAACCUGGCAGGAUUGUGACUACAAAGAAUCUGCACAAGCUGCCACAGGAGAAUGCUCUGCCACGGUGGGGAAGAGAAGGAAUAUGAAAUUCUCCGUGGCUACGCAGACCUGCCAGAUCACUCCAGCCGAGGGCCCUGUGGUGAGAGCUCAGUAUGAUUGCCUUGGCUGUGUGCACCCCAUCUCGACUGCGAGCCCUGACCUGGAACCCGUUCUAAGACAUGCCAUUGAACAUUUUAACAACAACACGGAUCAUUCCCACCUCUUUGCUCUUAGAGAAGUGAAAAGGGCCCACAGACAGGUGGUGGUUGGAUGGAACUAUGAAAUUACUUACUCAGUUGUGCAAACGAAUUGUUCCAAGGAGAAUUUUCUGUUCUUAACUCCAGACUGCAAGUCCCUUUUGAAUGGUGAUAUUGGUGAAUGUACAGAUCACGCACACAUGGAUCUUCAGCUAAGAAUUGCUUCUUUCUCGCAGAAGUGUGAACUCUAUCCAGGGGAGGAUUUUGUACAACCGCCUUCCAAAAUUUGCCUUGGCUGCCCCAGAGAUAUACCUGUCAACAGCCCAGAGCUGGAGGUGGCUCUGAAUCAUUCCAUCGCAAAGCUUAAUGCAGAGAAUAAUGGAACUUUCUAUUUCAAGAUUGACAGUGUGAAAAGGGCAACAGUACAGGUGGUGGCUGGAGAGAAAUUUUCUAUUGCGUUCAGCGCCAGGGAAACCAUGUGUUCCAAGGAAAGUAACGAAGAGUUGGCAGAAAGUUGCCAGAUCAAUAAAUACGGACAAAUCCUAGAAUGUAAAGCCGAAGUUUUUGUGAUACCUUGGGAGAAAAAAAUUUACCCUACUGUCACCUGUCAGCCACUGAAAAAGAUCAUAUUGAUGAAAAGGCCUCCAGGUUUUUCACCUUUCCGAUCAGUACCCUUGGAGAAAAGAGAAGAAGGAACAACUGUAAGUCCACCCCACACUUCCAUGGCACCUGUACAAGGUGAAGAGCGGGAUUCAGGAAAAGAACAAGGACCCACUCAUGGGCAUAGCUGGGGCCAUUACAAGCAAAUAAAACAUGGCUUUGGCCAUGGUCAUAAACAUGAGCAUGACCAAGGCCAUGGGUACCACAGGGGACAUGGCCUUGGCCAUGGACAUCAAAGGGAACAUGGCCUAGCCCAAGGACAUAUACAUGAACAUGGCCAAGGCCAUGGAAAAUAUAAAAAUAAAAGAAAAAACAAUGGAAAGCACAAUGGUUGGAAAAUAGAGCAUUUGGCAAGUUCUUCUGAAGAUAGUACUACCUCUUCUGCACAGACACAAGAGAAGACAGAAGGGCCAACACCCCUCCCUUCCCUAGCCCAGCCAGGUAUAGCGGCUACUGUGCCUGACUUUCAGGACUCAGAUCUCAUUGCAGUCAUGAUGCCUAAGCCACCAGCUCCCACAGAGAGUGAUGAUGAUUGGAUCCCUAACAUCCAGAUAGAGCCAAAUAGCCUUUCAUUUAACCUGAUAUCUGACUUUCCGGAAAAAACCUCCCCCAAAUGUCCCGGACGCCCCUGGAAGCCAGUUAAUGGAAUGAAUCCAGCUGUGGAAGUGAAAGAAUUUCAUGAUUUCGAUCUCACUGAUGCUUUGUUUUAAUUUAUGCCGCCAUGAGUCUUUAACACUUCAUCAUUCCUCUCCCCAUUGUCUAAAUAUCCUGAUAUAACACAACAAAAGCCCUGAAGCUUCAGAACGGCUUAGAGAGAAGGGGUGAGACUCGCAAUGGGGACACCGUCAAUCUCUAUGGACGACGUAUAACCGUGUGCAGAAUCCUAAAUUCCCUCUGGGUCUUCCUCACAAGUUUUCUUAUCUAACACAGAAAAUGGACAAACUCAUGUGCCUUAUGGCCUAUGGCAAUUUGCUUUUCUGACAACAAAUGUAUACCUUAAAAUGUAUGUCAUGGACUUUCAUACAAAGAUUAUUGACAUUCUGAAUAAACUGCAGCAUGUGGUCCCUGAACACAUGUGAAAAUAAGGGAAGUCAAGAGACUGAAUGCUAAAUUUCUUAAUGGGAAAAGAAAUAAUAAUAAAACCUCUAGAGGUUAAAGAGGGACAGCAGGAAAGAAAGACAGAUUGGCCAAAGAGAGGACAGGGGAAGUAAAUUAACUGACUUUCAGUUUCCAGAAUGACUAGUAUAUCAAAUAGUUACUCCCACUUGACAAAGCUGUCCUGAUAAUUCUCUUUCUAGGUGAGAGGGUUUCUUGUAAGUCAGUCAUUUCCAUUUACUCAUUAAGUACCUUUUACAACAAGGCUUUCAAAUGGGAGUUUUCUGUUUGUUCAUUUGUUGCCCACGCUAUAUUGAGUAAUCCUGAGCUUUCAGCAACUCUGAGUUCAGUGAUAAGGAUGGAAAGCAGAGAAAGUAAUAUAGAGGCAGUCUUGCCAAGGAAAAUGUUUUUUAAAUAAUUGACAAGGGAAUAUCAUGGGAUGUGAUGCAAAUUUCAUUCAGAAAUCUUAUGAGGAAAUUCCUCUCUAACCUCACUUUAUGAUCAUAUCAUCUUUUUGCUAUGACAUUGAAGAGCACUGGUUUUUGCAAAAGAGAAUAAUAUGAUUGUCUUUAAUUGCCUUAUAACAUGAGGGAGGCGUGUAUUUUAUAACCCUUGCUGCGCUUUUGCCUAGGGAAACAAGCUAGGGCUUUAAACAGCUACACUUACCUGUGGAUGAAUGUUUCACUGCUACUUCAGUUUAUGGGAUGCAUUUGAACCUCUGAGUUUUUAUUUCAUUUCAAAUAUUAUCUGUACUUUUAAAUAAAGAACCAAUGAUGUCAGGAAAAA